AUCUCCCAGUGAGUAAGGACGAAAAAAUAUUUAAGAUAAGCCAGGUCCAAAAGGAAGAAAUUUUGGAGCAUUUGAAUUACCAGUCAAUCCAUUUCGAGCCAAGAAAAUGCUGUGCCUUGAUUUAAGUGAAGAAGAAACUAUCUGCAUUUUUGCUGUUGUGCUAAUAUUCGGACUGCUCGGGUUCGUGUUAAAUCUUCUCCUGAUAUCCUCUAUUACAUUGACGGACGGCUUCGCAGAGAUUCCGGCGAAUUUAUUUGUUUUGAGCCUAGCCGUUUCAGAUACCAUGAUAGACUGCGUGGCUGCUCCUCUUAUGAUUUACAACAUAUAUCACUUUGCAUUUGAUGCCUCCCUCGUAGUAGGCAAGUUUUUUGGCUUGGCGACUACUGGAAGCGUAUUCCUCUUAACCCUGAAUCGCUUCAUCUCCACAGUAAAAGCUUUGAGGUAUCCCACCAUUGUGACCUUCAAACGAGCCGUAACUAUGGUUGGCGCUAUUUGGUUUGUCGCUCUCCUCGUCGCUGUCAAGACUGCAGCGAGUUUAAUCUCCGAUUUGGUACCAAAUGUGAGUGUUGCACAGUACAUCGUCGUAUUCUACGUUCUAACAUCAAUUGCAUUGUGCGUGUAUAUGUACAAAUUAGGCAGAGAACACGCGAAACGUGUGAAACAGCAGGCGUUUGCCGUAACCGGUGAACUUCAGGCAGCCUUGCAUGAGUUCAAAACGUUACGUACGCUGUUUCUCAUCGCUGGGAGUCUUGGAGCAUGUCUGUUGCCAAUAACGGCACUAUUUAUAGUCAUUGAUAGGGAAGAAAAUCCUGCUAAGUUUCAUCGUGCAUUCAGUUUUAGCGCCCCCUUGGUUCUUCUAAAUACAAUUAUAGAUCCUGUUGUGUAUUAUUUUCGAAGUAAAGGAUUUCGUAAAGGUGGCCCAUUAGGGACACGCUUCUUCCGUAGAGAAUCGAACUUGUUCUGUAUUAAUUAUGUUGUUUCCGCACUAAUAGAGUCUAGCUGUAAAAACUCAUACAGCUUCCGGCAAAGCGGAAGAGUAUUCCCUUAA